AUGCCUGACGCCAUGGAUGACGUCCUCGGAAAAGCCGAUUCGGACUUCCGCUUCCAGCUUGAGGAGGUUGGCGUUGAUGUCAGCGUACAGAAGAAGAUCAUCGAGUCUGGCUUCACCUCGCUGCGGGUUUUUGCUGGUCUCGAGGAAACAAGAGGGUCAGUGCGAGCGGCUUUGAAAUCGACUUUCGGUUUCGAUGCAGACAGCAGCCCUUCGAUGCGCAAGGAAGUGGCCCUCCUCCUUUGCGUGUGGGAGGCAGCCCGCACGCACCUCACUUAUCAAGAGAAGAACAAACAGGAGGCCAAGCUUGGCACGCAGAAUCGCCUGAUCCAGAAUUCUGAGUAUGGUGCCAUGCGUGCCUCCUUGGAAAACACCGUGGGCAAACUACGGGACAAGGAAGCUCCCAGCAAGGCUUUGGUUGCGUUGAAACUCGAACAAGUCGAAGAUGGUGUGCCGAUUGCUGAGGACCUUCGCGAUGUCACCUCUUUUGAGGACGCGGAAGGUGAAGCAUACACUGCGGUUAUUGAUCCCACCACAGCUGAAGAGCUCGGAUUCGAUGAAUACAAGCACAUCUGCAACAACAUGAAUUCUCCCUUUCAGAUCGCGGAGGAUGACCAUAUCACCAUCAACGGGAAGCCCAUCAGCGCGGACGACAUUACCUUUGGGUCCGAGGUGACACCAACCUUCGUGGGUGAUGCGAGAGCGAGCGAGAGAGAGAGAACACGAGUUGCGAGGGCAUUCCAGAGGAUUCCGGGCAUCGUGCCAUGCGAUUGGUUGUAG